AUGGUGGUCCCACUAUCCCCACCAAAGAUCGAGUCGCUCUCGCUCACCGAGAGCGUGCAGAGCACCAAGUCCUCUUCUGAGCGCGACGCAGAGGCAGAGCUCGCUCGCUUUCGCCGCGAAUGGCAACAAGAGGUCCAGGCAAAGCACGCCGGCAGCGGCUCCGUUGUCGCCGGUGCUGGUUCGGCCUCCGACGCCCACACCGUCGAGGUUGGACCUGUCAAAUGGAAGGGCAAGGGCAAAGACACUGAGAUCGUUCGUUCUCCACCGUCUGCAGCUACUGCUCUCCCUCUCCCUACCUCGCCACGCAAGGUGGCCAGCUCGCCGACAAAGUCACCCCUCGUCCACCCCCUGAGCCCGAAGGCGCUGACAAAGCCGACACCAAAUGGGGCCUCCGACGCCGCCGCCGUCAAUGGUCCCAAGGAUGCGAGUCAAGGUAUCGAGCUUCCGGGUCCGCUCGCACCCGCCGGCGUCGAGCUGCCCGACACUGCCAUUGCCUCGACCUCGACAUGGGGGCGUAUCCCCUUCCGCGCACCCCAAGUCCGCAAGGACCGCGAUGGCGCCGUCGUCGUGUACGCCCGCGCCGUCGAGGCCGAGCAGGAAGGCCGACUGAACGACGCUCUGCUGUUAUACCGCCAGGCGUUCAAGAUGGAGGAUAGCGUGGACAAGCUGUACGCGCGUAAAGUGCGAGCCGAGGCGGCUGCUGCAGAGGUUGCGGCCGAGGAGGCUGCGGCCGAGGAAGCGAGUUCGGCGGACGUUGUCGACCCCGCUGCGCCUGUCGAUGCGCCGUACGCAUUCACGCGCCAUGUCCAGGUCCACCCAGACUAUGAGCGGCGACACCACGACCACGACCACGACCUGGACGCCGCACAGGCCGACAAGGGCAGACUCGCCCCCGUCUCGCGCCUGACUGCGCUGUUCCACUCGGUGCCCAACGCGUCCACAGCUCAGUUCGAGCCCGAGAGCGAGGACCUGCCCAUCCCCAUCGCCAAGCUCCCCGCGGAACUCAUGGACCCCGUCCUUGUCCACCUCGAUGUGGCGUCUAUCGAGGCGUUGGGAGCGACGUGCUGGCGCGCACGUGGGCUGACUGCCCAAGCGGCGGUGUGGCGCCGGAUCGUCGAGGGCAUCUACCGUCCGCCCAUGGUCCCGCCGCAGGUCGGCGCGCGCGAGCUGGCAAGGAGGCAUCGUGGCGAGUGGCGGACGGCCCUGGUCGAGGAGGAGCGAGUGAGGCUUGACGGGUGCUACAUCUCUGUCUGCCACUACAUCCGUCCUGGUGCCGGUGAGCAGUGGGUCACUAUUACGCAUAUGAUCACCUACCACCGUUUCUUGCGGUUCUACGCCGACGGCACUGUCAUUUCCUUCUUAACGACCGACCACCCGUCCGACGUCGUGCCGAGCCUCAACCGCAAGAUCCGCGGCAAGGGCCUGCACUUUGGCCGGUGGAAGCUGAUCCGGUCCGACAUGGAGGACGAGGACGCCGACAGCGACGACGACGUCGUCAUUGACAAGAGCCCAAAGAAGAAGACCAAAGCGCGGACAAAGCGACACGCCCGUGUUAUUAUCACCGACCUGCUCGAGCCCGACGCCGACACGUGCAAGUACGAGUUUGAGAUGGACCUCACGCUCCGCGAGACGAACCGUGGCCGCUGGAACAAGCUUGACCUGGCAACAUACUCGUCCGUCAACCUCGCCACGGGCGAGGUCCUGGGUCUGUCACUCAAGCACCAGAAGCCAUUCUAUUUUUCCAAGGUUCGGUCGUAUAACCCGAGGUUCUAA